AUGUAUAUAAAUAUACAAAUUAUUAAUUUAUACUCUACUCUAUCUUUGGAAUUUUUUGAAAAACACCAAUUCUUAGAAAUACAUGAUUUGAUAAAGGUAAAUAUGGGUCGUCUUGAAGAGUUACUUAGUUUGAAACACUUAGUAAAAUUCUACAUUGAAAAUCAAAACAAAUCAAUUAAUCUAUUUUCUGUGUUAGAAGAUGAUGAAGUAGGUAAUCAAUAUAUUAAUGGGCUACGAGAUUUAGAAUCAUUCCUAAACAAUAUGGAACCUAACUCAAUUUCAAAAGCAGAAUUGCUUAAAUUUGUUCAAGAGGAUGAUAUUGACAACUUCAAGCCGGUAUUAAUUUUACUUUAUAAACUAAUCAAUCUGUUCUAUGUUAUAAAUGAUAUUUCAACAGAAGAGUAUGAAACUGCCAUAAAUUAUCAAGGAAGUCUUAUUUCUAUUUUAAUUGAUGGAAUUGCUCAAACUGGUUUAGAUUUCGAAAAAAUUAAGAGAUUUACUUCAUAUACCAUUACAUUAAAGUUCUUUAGAACUAUAUUUCAAUUUCAAUCCGAAGAACAAGUUCAACAAGUCCAGAAUGAUCACUUGAUUAAUUUGAAUACUACAUCAAUAAUUCCUAAAAAUACCUUCAAUUCUUAUAGAUCAGAUUUCAAGUACGACAUCCAUAAUAGCUUUUUUGGAUUGCAUGGAUUUUACUAUCCAAAAUCCACUUUAACUAAAAGUAGUUUUUUGCAAAAGAAUUUAUCUUUGUUUAAUAUCACCCCUAACAAAAUCCAAUUAAAAUCAUUACCUAGAAAGCUUUCAGAUUUCGAUGAACCUUCCUCUGAAAGAUUGUUAGAAGACUAUAUGUUGCAAUAUAUGCGUUCUGUGAAGGAUUUAUUUUUCGAUUAUAAAGUGAAGGUUACUAAAAAACCGGCGAAUAUUAUAUUUGAUGAGAAUAAUUCAGCAAGGUGUAUUCCAGAUAUAAAAGUGAUUAUCAACAAUCAGUUGAUUGUCCCUAUAGAGUUGAAAAAAGGGGGAGUUAGGGAAAAAUUUGAAAUGUUUCAGUGUUUGAGAGAUAAGGGUGUUUAUGGAUGCAAAGCUUUUGUGGAAUUAUUCCUGCAAGGUUUUUUGCAGGCAAUAACUUGUACGUCGGGAUGUUUUAUCCUCUCUGAUUAUGAUUUUUCAAUCGGGGUGGUCCUUGAUCUAGAACCUUUGGAAAAUUCAAGCUUAUCUGGAUUACGUGGAGUCAGUCGUGAGCUAAUACCAUUUGAUCCCAUUAGGGAGAAACUUUCCAUACCAAUUUUCUUUAUGGCUUUCAUCAUUAAAUACUGUAAAAAGCUUGAUGAUGAUAAGUUUAAAUUAUUUAAAAAUUCUAUAGCUCUUAGUCUUGAUGAAAAGAACUCUCUUACCAAGCAAAGGUAUCAAAAAUUAAGCUUGUUUCACAAAAUGCUUUCAAAAGUCCCACCUGCUAAUAUUGGACUUGAUCCCAAUGAUAUAUUGACACUGACAGCAAACAUGCCUCCAUCAGCUAAAUCCGAAGAAGUAUAUAAUAAUAAUUUGGUAUCUGACUGUAAUACCGGUGACUCACUUGGAGGUAUUGCUAUUGAUCUGGAAUUUAUUGAAAGGUUUUAUCUGUUUUACAGCCAAGAAUAUAUUGAAGAUGAUGAUGAUACUGAUGAAUAUGAAUAUGAAUAUGAAGAUGAAGAUGAAGAUGAAGAUGGAAAUGAUUAUUCCUUAUUUGAAAUUGAAAACUACGACAAUAAGUUAAAAUUCCUUGAGGGUAAAUUCUUCAAAGAAUUUGAUGAAGAUAUCUCAUUGGUUAAAUUUUCAAAAUUAAUUAAGAACCAUACUUUCAAAAGAUUGGAUAUUAGUUCUAUAAAGAUAAAAUCUUUUCUUAGUGGGGAUACCAUAUACAAGAACUAUUCAACUAUUAUUGAGGACGAGGAUAACUUUUUAUAUAAAGUGUUUGAUCCAAUUAGAGAUCGAUUGGUUGCAAGCAAUUCUUUUAAUAGUUUCGGUAAUUGUAUUAACAAAAGUUUUGCGAGCUUCGUCAGAGAAGCUAGUAGUUACUCAUUACUACAAGGUAAAAACGUCCCCAUACCUAAAUUUGUUGAAAUUGGAUACAUUGAAAAUAAAAAUAGAGGCUUUAUGCAGAAGUUAGAACCCUUAAAAGAAAUAAGUCUUAGUGGAUGCUAUAUCAAACUCAGUAAGGAAGAAGGCUUAACAUUAGAUAAAAUAUCUUUAACUGAUGAAAUUGAACAAAAGGUAUUAAAUGUCAUUAAACGUCUUCAUGCACGUAACAUAAGUCAUGGAGACGUUCAUUUAGGGAACUUCUUAUAUAAUGAAAAGCUUAAGUCUAUAGUAGUGAUCGAUUUUGGAAAAUCCCACCAAGCCUUCAACAGAGGCUACAAUAAUCUUGAAGAAAGUGAAAGUGAACGUCAACGUGAAAAGGAUAGAUUUGAACAAAGAGUCAAAUGGGAUUUGGCUAAUGUUAAAUCAAUAUUUAUUGGAAAAAGCAAAAAACGUAGCUUUGUUGAAUAG